AUGUCAAUACCCUUCAAUAUAUUGAUAAUGACAUUUGUGACAUUUUUACUUCUCCAUCACCCGCUGAAGUAUAUUAUUUCUCGUGCUUUCAAAACCAAAAUAAAGUUGAAAUUCCGAUGAAAAUAUGAGCAAAUAAGAUUUACACAACCAGUUGUGGGAAUACGCUCGAUUCUAUGCGUAUCAGGUCAGGAUCCUUCUAGUUACAAUUCAACGAUUGAGUUUCAGUUCACUUGGUGUAAUAAUAAUGAAUGUAUUACGUCGGCCAUGUACAAAGCUAAUUCAAAUGAGCUUCGAGCUCAAUAGAAUACCCGCUACACGGCCAGCUUUGUCCAAAUUGACUUCUUUGAAUUCUGGAUAUGUGUGCAGCAGUCACACAAGAAAUAUAUUUGCCUCGUCUAGUGUCAGCACAGAAAAUGAAGAUGGACCGAUCAAACGUUUCCUCAAAAAGUUUACAAACAUCGAUAACACAAAGGCGCGUCUUCAAGUAUCCGGUUAUACAAUGUACGCAGGCGUGGUCGACAACGUCAAGUACAGCGAAAUAUUUUCAAAAUUCAAUUUGCCCAACACAUUUAACUCAUGGUUCUUGAUAACCGAAGUGCACAUCUGGAUGCUGAUGGUGCGUUCGAUGGCCGAAGGCCCGGAAAAGGGUCAAGACGGCAUGUUUCUGCGAAAUUGUAUCGUCGAAGCGAUGUGGUCGGAUGUGAAUAAACGAGCCAGACAAUUGAAUUCGGGCAAUCUGAGUGAACUUCGCAAACAGAUAGAAACAUUGUCGGACAGUUUCCGGGCUGCACUGAUCACAUAUGAUGAGGGUCUAAUGGACGACGAUAAGGUGCUUGCGGCAGCAUUGUGGAGGCGAUUUUUUGAAAUGAAUUGCAACAAUUAUGUGCACUUAGAGACGAUGGUGAAAUUUGUGAGGCAGCAGACGAAGCAGCUGGAUAGUCUGAGUCGGCAGGAUUUUGUUAUUAAACCGAAUGUCCAGUGGAUCAACAUCACGGACCUGUAGUGCGGGAACGAUAGGAUGCAUUUUGAUUAAAGUUAAUGUAGAAUUGUUUUUGUUAAAUUAAAGGUCAUUGACUUUUGCAACACCAAAA